UUGCUAUUUUAAACUGACGAACGCGUUUAUGCCAUUUAACUCUUGAUUGAAGAUUUCUAUAGGUUUAUCGUUGCGUUUUUUGUAAUAGGUAUAUGUUAUAUAGGGAGCUGUUGUCUUACCUUAAAAGUAUAGACAACAAGACAAUAGACAAGUAAGCUAUUUUAGUUUCCGCUAUGUCAAAGUAUAUGCUUCCCUUAUCGAGGUUGACAAAAUGUUGCAGCCUUCGGCAUGUUAAACUAACCACCAUGCACAUGCAUAAAAAUAUGACAUUCAAAUUCCUACCAAGUGUUCUCUAUUCUACUAAGCAUACAAGUGAUUCUCUUCAUACAGCGUUUAAUUCUUACAAAUACAAGCAAAGCAAUUCAAAUAACAACCUUCCAAUUUAUCUCGGAGCAUUUAUCAUCAGUGCAAAAUGCAUUGCUGGUUAUGAUAAUGAAGAAAAUCGCUUUAAUAUGAUGGGAAACUCACUGCUGCUUGCAGCUAGUCGUUCUAAUCUUGUCGAAGUGAGAAGAAUCUUAGCCGAAGUAAAAGGACUCAGUGAAACUGAUAAAAGCAAGGUCCUGAACAAACGCCACAAACUUGGUUGGACAGCUUUGAUGGUAUCAGCUAUGGGUGGGAUUAGUCAUAUUGUCGAGGAAUUGUUGGUGGCAGGCGCAGAUCCUAACUUAGGGGAUGUUUUCAAUGCUCGUACUGUAAGGUCAUUGCCCCAGGUCGAGGCUAGGAUGAUCAGAGAGCAGGAAUUUUCUGGGCUGUUGUAUCCUGGAGCUGAUUUCCGAGGCUUUACUGCGCUGCAUUACGCUGUAGUUGCCGAUUCGGUGGAAACGGUGAAGGUUUUGGUGAAAUACGGAACAGAUCCAACAAAGAAAAAUCACAUGGGACAUACACCUGAUGAAUAUUCUGUAUCUGAUAAUGGGGAUAUUGCAAAGUUUCUCGCUGGUGCAAAAGUACAAGCUGAGCAAAAUAGAAAAUUAGAAGAGGCAAGAGAGAGGACUCUGUAUCCUCUUGAAAGGAGGUUAAAGGAAAACAUUGUUGGUCAAGAUGGCGCGAUAAACUGUGUGGCAUCCGCGAUCCGACGCAAGCAGAACGGUUGGUAUGAUGAGGAUCAUCCUUUGGUCUUUCUUUUCCUCGGCUCCUCAGGGAUUGGUAAAACUGAACUUGCAAAGCAGGUUGCAAACUAUCUGCAUAAAGAUAAUAAAAAGGGGUUUAUCAGACUAGACAUGUCGGAGUACCAAGAAAAACAUGAAGUUGCUAAACUUAUUGGCUCACCGCCAGGUUAUAUUGGGCAUGAACAGGGUGGUCAACUCACUAAGAAAUUAAAAGCCAUGCCCAAUGCUGUGGUACUUUUUGAUGAAGUGGAUAAAGCUCAUCCAGAUGUUCUUACUGUUCUGCUUCAGCUGUUUGAUGAAGGAAGACUGACUGAUGGUAGGGGCAAGACCAUUGACUGUAAAGAUGCCGUGUUUGUUAUGACUUCGAAUCUUGCUGCUGAUGAGAUUGCAGAGUAUGGCGCCAGACUGAGGUAUGAGGCCAAAGAAACUAGAAAAAAGAAGCUAGCAACCGCUCCAAAUUCAAUUGAUGCACAAAAUGAAAGCAGUGAUGAAUCUGCUGUUGUGUCUCGUCAGUUUAAAGAGAGCGUUGUAAGGCCAAUUCUUAAGCGACAUUUUGGUCGUGAUGAGUUUCUUGGUAGAAUCAAUGAGUUUGUUUAUUUUCUCCCUUUUUCUGAAGACGAGCUUUUCCUUUUGGUAGAAAAAGAGAUGCAACUAUGGAAGAAGCACGCCAAAAAUCGCCACGGAAUUGAUCUGUAUUGGAAGUCACCGGAAGUUGAGACAAUUGUAGCUGAUGGGUAUAAUAUUCACUACGGAGCACGUUCAAUUAAAUAUGAAGUAGAUAGGAGAGUGGUUGCACUGCUGGCUGCAGCGCACGAACGAGGCUUGCUACAGAAAGGGUGUUCUGUUACAGUCCAAAACUCAGUACCUGUACAAAGCCUGCAAGAUUCUUUAAACAAAUGCAGAUUGCAACUGAAAAUUCAAGGACAAAAUUCAAAACCGUUGCUUUUGGAUGAAAAGGACUUGUAUAGUGGAAAUCUGCCUUCACAGGUUGCAUUGUCAUGAUGUUUAACAUUACAGGCUAUUUACUAUUUAUUAAUAAUAAUAAUAUUUAUAUAUAUUACUGUAAAUAUUCAUUGUACUGAUUUGCCUGUGGUUCAAAAAUCUGUAAUUUUUUGUUAAGUGGGUAUUUACUAUUUAUCUCUUCUUA